GUGGGAAGUAAGAGGGUAGUUUUAUAAAAAGUAGAACAAAAGGGUCAACAUAGAAAGAGUAGAAUAAAGAAUAAAGAAAGGGGAAACAGUAUCCUAGAAUGAAAAUGAGCGGUUUGGGCGCAGUCCCCAUGCUUCCUCUACCUUGUUAACUCCGCUGCCAUACGAAACAGGGUGGCGUUGUGGUUGCAUGUUCUUUUUUACAUGACAAGCAAACAAACUCCAUUUUCCAAUAUAUAUUAAUAACCACCUCCUUCUUCAACAAACUCUCUAUUCCACUCUUCUUUCAUCAUCAUCAUCAUCUUCUUCUUCUUCUUCUUCUUCUUCUUCUUCUGGUUUUCUUCUGGUUUUUGGUUUUGUUGUAGAUGGGUGUAGUGGGGGGGCUCCACAGCAAAGCAAGCGGGAGCAGAGGAAGGCCUUAUGCUGUAAUGAUACUGGUGGCAUUUGGGGCAGCCUUGCUUGGUGUGAUGCUGCUUCACAAGUUCAGAGAGAGGCGCAUCUGCAACCUCCUCCUCAAACGCACUGACCAAGACCUCCAUUCCUUUCAACUCCUCUUCCAGAGGGAACGAGAUCGCAGUAAGGAAUUGGAGAAGAACAGCGAAGACAUGAAAGCAACGCUAUACUCUCUCCGAACGCAGAAGAUGGAGCUUGAUAGGAGGCUGCUAGAAUUGCUAUCCACAAUUGACUCGCUUAGAGACGAACAAAAGACUAUGAAUGUUGCACUCAAAGAGAAGAAAAAGGAGAUCAAAAUGUUGAGAGAGAAAGAACUUGAAUCUCGAAAUGAAAACUCUCAAGUGGUUGCUUUAACGCAAAGCCUCAGACAAAAGGAAGCUGAGUUGGAGGUCUUGAGACGUCGAAUUGAGUCUCGUGGAGGUGUGGCUACUGAUGAUCCAGCAGAACAAGACGAGCAAUUGCCUGAAUCGAGCGGCAGUAAAGGAGGAGAGACUAAUGAAGCAACGGAAUCCAGCGAUGGAACUCAGAAGGAUGAGGAGACCCCUGAAAGAAGGGAGAUGAAGGGAGAGGAAAGGCAGAAGCAAGAGAGCAUGGAAGACGAGGGUAGGAAGAAGGAAGCUGCGGAUGGCGAGGUGAGAAAAGUUGAGGGCGAGGAGUCCAAAGUCACCAAAGAUCAAAAGGGGGAAGAAGUUAAAGAUUCACGAGCAGUUGAAAAUCAGAGAGCUGAUAAGAUCCUCAAGAGUGGGAUGAAGAUGGAAACAGAAACAGGCAAAUAUGGACGUACGAGGAAGAUAAAAGGAAAGAGAUGGAGGUACAUCGCCAAGAAAAGGACGGUGGUGGAUAAUGGAUGGAGACUGAUAUCGAAGAAAAGGAAGCAGGAAAUCAACAGAAACUUGGAUGAAAGUGGGGUCAUUAGCAUGGGACACAGAAACUUCUUCAAGGGAGAGGCUUCAAACGAGGAGAAAAUGAAAUUGUACCCAAAGGAAGCUAGAGAAAAUCAGACGGAAAAGGAAAGACAAGUGUUGAAUUCAAGGACAGAUGGAGAGCAAAAGCAGAACGACAAGCAGCAAUCAGGGGAUGGAGAAGAGGGAGAUGGUAGCAUUGAGCAAAACCCAGGUGAAAAAAAGGAGCUAAAAGACUUGAAAAGCGAAGAAAAACAAGAACCGGGACAAGAUGCAGAUGGUCGUUUCAGUAAGGAAUCUAACUCUGACGUUAGAGAAGAAGAAGAAAACAAGGAAGAAACAGAGGAGUCUGAGUUUUGAAUCGAAUACCUUCCUGUUAAUCUUUCGAUUGUUUGGGUAGGCAAAUGGGUCUCGUAUAAAUUGUAUCGCAGUGCACAGAGCUUACUUGAUGAUGUUACUAAUUUACGUCUAAUCAAACCGAGGAGACUUUUUAAUCAACUAAAUUGAA